CUGCUCCUCUCCGGCCUCGGAUUUGCCUCACCACGAACCCUGCAAUUUUGUAGACCCAGAAACAGAUGGCGCGACUACAGCCGCGCAAUAUCCUUAUCUGUUUUGACGCCUUCGGCACCCUAAUCAAGCCGCGGCGCGCGGUGCCGACGCAAUAUGGCGAGGUUGCGCGCGAGCUGGGAUUGUCGGGCUUCAUGGAUGCAGACAUCAGGAACUCGUUCAAGGUGGAGUUUCCGCAAAUGAUGAAGGAAUACCCCUACUACGGCCGCGACAGCAGGAUGAGCGCCGAGGAGUGGUGGACAAAUCUCAUCCACAGGGUCUUUAACCCGCUGGUGCGCGAGGAGGACCACCAGAUAAUCUCUGAACACCUGGCGCCGCGUCUACUGCGCCGUUUCUCGUCGGCAGAGGGCUACGCUUUCGUCGACGACGAGAUUGGCCCGCUCCUGCGGGAGUUGCGUCACUUGCGGCGGCAACAGACAGGCCACCGGUCCGGGGGGCCGCCCGCGUACCGCGUGGCCGUGGGCGUCCUCACCAACUCGGACGACCGCAUCCCGGGCGUCCUGACGUCCCUUGGCCUGGACGUCGGGCCGCUGCGCCGGGGGUCGAGGCUGCCGCGCACAGACGGCCUGGCCGACCUGUCCCCGCCCCCGCCGCGUGGCGGCUUCGCGGAGGCGCAGCAGCACGACAUCGACUUUUGCUGCACGUCGCGCGACGUUGGGUAUGACAAGCCGAACCCCGCCAUGUUCCGCACCGCGCGAGCCCUGGCAAACGCGUCCAUCGGCGCGCCAGAGGAGGAGCACGUUGGUCCCGAUUGGAGCCGGGGACGGGCACUGUGGCCGCGCCGCGGCGGGACGGCGUGGACUUCAAUCUUGGUCGGCGACGAUUACAAGAAGGACGUGUGUGGUGCGGUGGGAUCAGGCUGGCACGCGGUCCUUGUGGGGGGCGAGCGUGACGGGGAAGACGUGCCGUCGCUGCCCGACUUCACCACGUCCGCGUCGUCUAUACAGGAUCUGGUUUUUUGCAGGGGGCAGGGCUUCGGCGCCGAGAGCGCUGCGACUGCCUUGCGAUGGCUUUGCGAACAACUGGCCAAAUACCAGCGACCCCUUGGUGCCUGAUAGCUAACGCCCGGCAAAUGGGCUCUCUGCCAGGGACAGGAAAGCGAUGACAUGGCCAGCCGUACGGUCGAUAUGGGGGGGCAAAGGGGUUUAGGGUUGUAGUAUUGGCAAGCCCACUUGCUGAACGCGAACUCCUCAUACACAGACCAUGGGAGCAUGCUGCGAAUCAACUAGACACAUUGGAUAAAAUACCCCUUUAAUUUUUGCGCCAGAGAAUUGCUCUUGCC